UGCACAGAAGGAGAACCGUUAUAGUCUCCGCCAUUACAGUUUCUGAGCUUCUCUGCAGUCUUUCAGAUCUGGAAACGUUAAAGUUAUUCUUUAGUAGCAUAUAAUUUGUAGCCUAAUGAAAAUGUAUUCAUCAGUAUCAGUCGGUAUUAAGAUCUCUCUAUAUGUAUUAGCGGGGUUUGUUCACACUCAUCGCUGUCUGUCUGUCGGGAGGGAGGGUGUGAUUCAGAAACAACAUUGAGCAUUAAUAAUAUUCAUCGAAAUCAGGUUUUGCUGGAAUCAACAGUAUGAAGAACAAUUUCAGAUUAUUUCAGAUUGUUCUACUAAUGUGCGGAGUGUUUGGUGCUGGAACAGAUGAAGUGAAGACUGUGAUGGAGGGAGAUUCAGUCACUCUAAACCCUGAUCUUACUCAAAUACAGGGAAUUAUUCAGAUGAUGUGGAGGUUUAAGGAUUCACGUUCAGUCAUUGCUCAAAUCGAGGGAAAUGAUAUUUCAUAUCCCAUUGUCCCUGAGAUGUUCGAAGACAGACUGCAGCUGGAUCAGACUGGAUCUCUGACAAUCACAAACAUGAGAACUAAACACUCUGGACUUUAUAGACUAGAGAUCAACCACAACCAUGGGACCUCACGUUUGAAUUUCAGUGUUAAUGUCUAUGAGUCUCCAGCUGUUAUUGAUGCUUUUAAAGGUGAAAUGAAGAGUGUAUCAGAGACGGAGGGGAAUCCUGUCUCUCUUCAGACUGAUAUUAAAACACACAGAAAAGAGCUGAUAGUGUGGAGGUUUGGAGAUGAAGGAAAACUCAUAGCUAAACAUGAUCUAGAGACCAAGAGUCUAAGAUUAUAUGAAUGAUCCUGAUGAGAGAUUCAGAGAUAGACUGAAGCUGGAUCAUCAGACCGGAUCUCUGACCAUCACAAAAAUCAGAAUCACAGACUCUGGAGUUUAUAAAGUGAAGAUCAGCAGCAGCAAUCAGACUUUAAACAAGAGAUUCGUUGUUACUCUCAGCGCUGUUCCAGUCCCAGCUCUGUUUCCAGCUGCUCUAGCAGGGAUUGUUGUUGCCGUUUUUUUGCUGACAUUUUCAGCUGCUGGUGUUUUUUAUCAUCGUUACAAAGUCUCUGAUCUACAAAAGCAAACGAUGGAGACAGUCAUAGAGGGAGAAUCUGUCACUCUAACCCCUGGCAUUGAAAUAAACAAAGAUGAUGAGAUACAGUGGCUGUUUGGAGAUGAAAAGAAGACUGUCAUAGCUGAAAUCCAAAGAGGGACUGGAAAGGUCACUGUUCCUGAUGGGAAAUUCAGAGGCAGACUGGAGAUGGAUGAGAAGACUGGAUCUCUGAUCAUCACAAACACCAGUACUGAAGACACAGGAGUCUAUAAACUGAAGAUCAGAGGAGGCAGACUUGUACAGAACUUGUGCAGAAGACUUGUGCAGAACUUGAACAAAAGAUUCAUCGUUUAUGUCAAGGAACAAGUGAAUAAAUCAGUGCUGAAAGGAUGUUCUGUCACUCUGAAGUGUAAUACUAAAAUACAGGAGGAUGAUGAAAUACAGUGGAAGUUUGAAGAGAAACUCAUAGCUGAAAUGACUGGAGAGAACCGUGAGAAUCCUCGAUGGUUUGCUGAUGAUGAAUUCAGAGCCCAAAUGAAGCUGAACCCUCAGACUGGAUCUCUCAUCAUUCAACAAACCAGACCUGAACACUCUGGAUUAUAUAAGCGAGUGAUCAAGACCAGAGAUUAUUCAACAUUCAGACUCUUCGAUCUUAUCGUCUGUGAUGAACAGGAGUCAGUGCCAGUGAUGGAGGGGGAGGAUGUGACUCUACGUGCCAAUCCUGAAAUACAGACAGGAGAUGAGAUAUUCUCUGUCACAGAUGAAGAGGAGAGGAGACCAUUGAUGAAGGACUCCACAGAAAAACAAGAGAAUGAAUCAGUGACUGUAAUGAUGCCGCUGCUGAAAGCAGAGGAUCGGGAUGGAGUGAAUGAGCAGGAGAGUUUACUUUAAUGAGAUUAGACACGCCCACCAGUGUCAAUCACUCUGACAUCAUCAACACUUCAGCUUCAACAACAAAAACACAUUUCUGCUUUCAUAAUCCUCUAGAAUCAGUGAAAGAGAGAAAUGAGCCCGUGUCUGUUGAGAUGAUGAACCUGCAUGUGAAAAUUACUUUAUAUGAACCGAGAAACAUAGUAAUCAAACACUUUCUUAUAUCAUUUUAAUAAUGUUACACUUCAUACCUGUACCACUGUUAAAGGGAUAGUUCACCCAAAAA